GGGCUCCAUGUCCGGAGCAGAUGAUGCCGUUUAUUACGAAUAUAAAAAAUCAUCAGCGAAUGUUAAUAAGCAUCCUCUGUUUAAGAAAUUCCGUUACUAGCUUUUUAUAAUUAAAUUAUGCGAGAUCCAAAGGAAAAGGACUGGGCAAUCAUAGAACUGCAAGGUGAUCUAAAGUCAAAGACUGAGACCGAAUUUGAUGCAAAAUUCAUUGGCGAUUUGCAUUAUGUGAAACAUGGAGACACCCCAGUACUGAUAAUAGGACAUCACUUACUCUAUGGAAAAGAAAUGAAACUAGAAAAACCCUUUGCCUUACUAGAAAAAUCUGACACAAAAUCCGAAUAUAGUGUGAUUGGUGUUAUUACUAAAAAACUUAUGUUCAGAGUAAGACCUAAACCAAUUGUGCCUAAAGUAUAAAAUGUUCUAUUUUAUUAUUUAUUAAAGUUAUUUUUUUAAUACACAUAAUAUUUUUAUUUUUUGAAUGA